AUGGCUAUAACCGAACAAGAAGCUGCAAAGUCGUCUCAUACCCAUCUUGUCAUGGUAAUACUGGUUGUAUGUUUUGCUCUUUGUGUGUCGCUUUUGUUUGUUGCCCUUCGAUUUUGGUGUCGCUGUAUUAUUGGGUUUUCGUAUUGGGAUGAUGCUGCUGUCAUGGCUCUGUUGUGUAUAGUAGGAAUGGGAUCUUGUAUACUCACACUUGUACCACUCGGCCUAAACGACCCUACUGGAACCCUGCCAGAGAACAAGACCACGCCGUUUUACAAGUGCACAUACAUCGCCGCAUUCUUCUAUAAAGAAGGACUAUUCUGGGCCAAGAUGACGUUUCUUCUUCUUUACCACAAGAUCGUAACGCUGUCCUACUGGCGAUCCGCAUACCUUGGGGCUAUAAUGGUGGUCGUACUCUGGAAUAUCUGUCAAGUUCUGAUAUUCUUUCUUCAGUGCGCCCCUCUCGAGGCCGUCUGGAACCGCAAUCUUAGAAUGAAGUGCGUCACGAGUCGGCUAGAGCUUGCGUAUGUUUGCGCUGGAAUCAAUAUCUUGACCGAUCUCGUGGUAGCUAUCUUGCCACUACCGGUUAUUUGGAGGCUCAACCUCCGUCUAUCCCAGAAGAUCGCUCUUUCAGCCGUCUUUGGACUCGGAUGCUUUUCAAUCGCGCUUGCUAUCGUACGGAUAAAAUGGGUGGAAACUUGGUCAUUUAUUACAUGGGAUAUCGUCAGGCCGCAGCUCUGGGCUUUGGCAGAGGUCACUUCAGCACUGGUCUGCGCGUGUAUCCCUACUUUCAAACCGCUCGUCUCGAAAAUUAAUUCUAUAAUCAUUGGCCGAAGGAGGAAUACUACGGAGUUUGUUCUCGAGGAUCACAGGAGUGAUGUUGAGUUCAAUGCGGGAAACAUCAGAAAUAAUGAAGGCUUGAGUGAGAAGCCUAGGCAUAGCGGGGCUUGUGGAAGCGAGACAUCAGUGGCGGCUGAGCAGUAUCCCUGGCAGCUGAGCUGA